CUGAAAGAUGUGAUCAAAUACAUUUACUUCCCAACUAUCUCGGAAGCUCUGGGUGGUGUGACAGAGAGCAGCAAUCGUCAUUUGGGAACGAUUUCAUUGGCGCUGGACUUUACAUACCCCAAAACAGAUAGUGAAUGCUCGUUUUUGAUUGGUUUAAAUGGACUCAAAGCUCCUGUUAGAGUCAAAAUAUCGCGGGUGAACCGAUUUCUCAACAAACAGAACAACAAGGAUGUAGGCGGCUGGAUACGUAAGUGA